GCUCGCCUUUCCUCCCAGCCGCGUGCGGGGAAGGGAUUUAAUUCUGGUGGCGGGGCUGCGAGGGACGGGCGGGAGCGAGCGCCUUUUGUCAGGGAGCGGCGGCCUCUAUUGUCGGCAGCCGCCGGUGACGCCAGAAGCGGCAUUGCUGGUGGGACUCCAGGCCGGCGGCCCUGACGGCGCGGGGCUGCAGGAUGGCGAGAAAAGGCUGCUCUGCACAUUAGCCGGGUGCGUUUAUUAAGCAGACCCAAAAGAAAAAAAAGAAAAAAAAACCCCAACGAAACAAAACAGAAACCACAGCCUACGGUGGAAGCCCAGAGAUGGAUGCAAAGCCGUGCAGAAGUUUCCACCCAGACGUCUGAAGUCCUGUAGAUGUGGACGGCGUCGCUGAGAGCGGAGCAGGGUGCACAGGCUGACCGCUGAGAAGACGCAGCCUGGGCCAAGGCUGGUCCCGCCUCCCGGUAAUUAGUGGGACCAUGAGCGAGGAGCCCGUCCCCGAGGCCGCCUCCCCGCCGCCCCCGCAGGGGCAGCACUACUUUGACCGCUUCUCUGAGGACGACCCCGAGUACCUGCGCCUUCGCAACCGCGCGGCCGGCCUGCGGCAGGACUUCAACCUGAUGGAGCAGAAGAAGCGCGUGACCAUGAUCCUGCAGAGCCCGUCUUUCAGGGAGGAGCUGGAAGGCCUCAUCCAGGAGCAGAUGAAGAAGGGGAACAAUUCCUCCAACAUCUGGGCCCUGCGGCAGAUCGCGGACUUCAUGGCCAGCACCUCCCACGCAGUCUUCCCAACAUCUUCCAUGAACUUCUCCAUGAUGACGCCCAUCAAUGACCUCCACACAGCCGACUCCUUGAACCUGGCCAAGGGGGAGCGGCUCAUGCGGUGCAAGAUCAGCAGUGUCUACCGACUUCUGGACCUCUAUGGCUGGGCCCAGCUGAGCGACACCUACGUCACGAUGAGAGUCAGCAAGGAGCAGGACCACUUCCUCAUUAGCCCUAAGGGAGUUUCCUGCAGUGAAGUCACAGCAUCCAGCCUGAUCAAGGUGAACAUCCUGGGCGAGGUGGUGGAGAAGGGCAGCAGCUGCUUCCCGGUGGACACCACGGGCUUCUGUCUGCACUCGGCCAUCUACGCAGCCAGACCCGACGUGCGCUGCAUCAUCCACCUGCACACGCCGGCCACAGCCGCGGUGUCAGCCAUGAAGUGGGGCCUCCUGCCUGUCUCCCACAAUGCCCUGCUGGUGGGGGACAUGGCCUAUUAUGACUUCAAUGGUGAAAUGGAGCAGGAAGCGGAUCGGAUCAACCUGCAGAAGUGCCUUGGACCCACCUGCAAGAUCCUGGUGCUAAGAAACCAUGGCGUGGUUGCUCUCGGUGACACUGUGGAGGAGGCGUUUUACAAGAUCUUCCACCUGCAGGCUGCAUGUGAGAUACAGGUGUCCGCUCUGUCCAGCGCCGGGGGCGUGGAGAACCUCAUCCUCCUGGAGCAGGAGAAACACCGCCCCCAUGAGGUGGGCUCUGUGCAGUGGGCGGGGAGCACCUUCGGGCCCAUGCAGAAGAGCCGGCUGGGGGAACAUGAGUUCGAGGCCCUCAUGAGGAUGCUGGACAACUUGGGCUACAGAACAGGCUACACAUACCGCCACCCCUUUGUUCAAGAGAAAACCAAACACAAAAGUGAGGUGGAGAUUCCGGCGACCGUCACAGCCUUCGUGUUCGAGGAGGACGGCACCCCGGUGCCCGCCCUGCGGCAGCACGCCCAGAAGCAGCAAAAGGAGAAGACCCGCUGGCUCAACACGCCCAACACCUACCUGCGGGUCAACGUGGCUGACGAGGUCCAGAGGAGCAUGGGCAGCCCCCGGCCCAAGACCACAUGGAUGAAGGCUGACGAGGUGGAGAAAUCCAGCAGUGGCAUGCCAAUACGGAUCGAAAACCCAAACCAAUUUGUGCCUCUCUAUACCGACCCCCAAGAAGUGCUGGACAUGCGGAACAAGAUUCGAGAACAAAACCGACAAGAUGUGAAGUCGGCAGGGCCCCAGUCCCAGCUCCUGGCGAGCGUCAUCGCUGAGAAGAGCAGAAGCCCGUCUACAGACAGCCAGCUGAUGGCCCAGGGCGACGCGGACACCAAAGAUGAGUCAGAAGAGACGGUGCCCAACCCCUUCAGCCAACUCACUGACCAGGAGCUGGAGGAAUACAAGAAAGAGGUGGAGAGGAAGAAACUAGAACUGGAAGGAGAGAAAGAAACCACUGCAGAGGAGCCGGGCUCACCUGUUAAGUCUGCACCUGCGUCUCCAGCACAGAGUCCAGUGAAGUCGGAGACAAAGAGCCCCGUGGUCUCUCCCUCCAAGUCUUUAGACGAAGGUGCUAAAGAGACAGAAACAAGCAAAGCCACCACAGAGCCCGAAACAACGCAGCCAGAAGGGGUGGUGGUCAACGGGAGGGAGGACGAGCAGACCGCAGAGGAAAUUCUCAGCAAAGGCUUGAGCCAGAUGACCACCAAUGCUGACACGGAAGUUGACACCUCUAAGGACAAAACUGAGUCGGUCACCAGCGGCCCCAUGUCCCCAGAGGGCUCACCUUCCAAAUCUCCCUCAAAGAAGAAAAAGAAAUUCCGAACCCCAUCCUUCCUGAAAAAGAGCAAAAAGAAGGAGAAAGUGGAGUCCUGA